AUGGUGCCAGAAACCCCUUUGUCGCACGGAUCGAGUGGAGAAAGGGCAGUUGAUGGAGAUAACAAUGAGGAUGACGAAGAUGCUGAUGACGUGAUGUCAGCUCCUGUGAAACCAACAGUGGGCAUGAGGUUCGAUAGCAUUGCAUCAGCUAAAAAACACUAUCUGGACUAUGCAAGAUGGAACGGCUUUGGCAUAAGGAUAGAUUACCAGAGGCCUAUAAAGAGUGGCGAAACAAGCCGAGCUCAGUUCGUAUGUUACUUGGCAGGCAGGAACAAAAAAGAAAGGGAGGACCCACAUCGUCCGGAAUCAGUGGUCCCCAAAAGGAAAAGAAACAUUACAGAAAGGACUAGUUGCCAUGCAAGAAUGAAGGUAAAGCUGGAUGGUGCAACAUAUACCGCGGAGCAGUUUGAGGAAGAGCACAACCACAAUGUGUUAAAGAAAUUCGAUCUUGGCAAGUACUUGCGAUCGCACCGCCACAUGCCGAGGGAAGAGAGGGAGUUUGUGAAGCUUCUGCAUGCUUGCAACCUUCGGACAAGCCAAAUGAUGCAGAUCUUGUCAACCCUACAUGGCAAGCUGAACAAUUUGUCGUACACAAGAACAAACAUGGCCAACUUCAGAGCGGCACUGCGGAGAGAGCAUUGUUUAAUGGACAUGAAGUACACGCUCCGGUAUUUCAAAAAACUGAAGAAAGAGGAUGACGACUUCUUCUAUAGCUUCGAGCUAGACAAUGAAGAUAGGGUGAUCAACUUGUAUUGGAUAGACGUAGAAGCCAGGAGAUCAUACAAGUACUACAACGACUGCAUUUCCUUUGACAUUACAUAUCUGACAAAUAAGUACAACAUGCCGUGCGUGCCUUUCAUUGGAGUAAACAACCAUUGUCAAUCGGUUCAGUUUGGGUGUGGGUUCCUGCGAAACGAAGACACCCUCAGCUUCAUAUGGUUGUUCAAUACAUUCUUGGAAGCGAUGGAUGGGAUUGCACCCGCAAAUAUCACAACAGACCAAGACUUUGCAAUGAGGAACACGAUAUUAGAGGUUUUCCCAGAAACAAGACAUAGGAAUUGUCGCUGGCACAUUAUGAAGAAAGCGCAAGAAAAGAUGGGUGGAUUCAUGGGCAGGAACCUGGAGCGGCACGCUGAUUUUGAGGACUGCAUAAACAAUAGCUUCACACCGGCAGAAUUUGAGUUGAAGUGGGGCGCAAUGAUUGAGAAAUAUCAAGUGCAAGAUAAUGAGGACCUAUCAUCUCUAUGGGAAAACCGGACAAGUUGGGUGCCUGCAUACUUCAUGCUCAGUUUCUACCCUUUUUUGCAGUCCACGCAGCGGAGCGAGGGGUUCAAUGCCGUGUUAAAAAGAUAUGUCAGCCCCAGCAAUUCAAUAUACGACUUUGCGCAGCAAUACUCGGCUCUGCAAGAGAAGAUACUAGGAGUAGAGAGGCAAGCUGAGGCUGAAACGGCGCUCACCGUGCCGAAGAAAUGGGGGUUCAGCCCGAUAGAGGAACAGGUGAAGUUGGAGAAGCUACAAAUGACAUCCUCGUACCAUUGCGCGCGGACUGGGCAGAACACAUUUGAGGCCAUUUCGAUGACCUGCCAUUCCGGACAGUACGACGCAAGGACAUUCAGGUUGGCUGCUGAUAUAGAGGCAGGCAUGUACUCUUGUGAAUGUUGCAAGUUUGAUAGGGAUGGGAUCGUGUGCUGCCACAUCCUGAGAGUUAUGCAGCAGGAAGGCGUCAGGGUCCUGCCGCAGCACUACAUCCUCAAGAGGUGGACGUGGAACGCAGAUGCCGCACUCGGGCUGCACGGCACGCAGCAGCUAAACCCCGCGCAACAGGAGAUGCCAGAGAAUUCUAGGAAGCUGAUGCGCUAUGCAACAAUGAAAAGGGGUUUUGGUGACAUUGCCAAAGAGGCUUGUGAUGAUCAAGAUGCAGUUAGGAUAGUAGAGAGGCACAUGAAAGCAAUGAGAAGCGAGAUGGCUUCACUGAGGAAGAGGCAAGAAAAAGAUGCGAGAGCAAAAGAAGCGAUUGCGUUCGUGGGGGUGAUGCCGUUGGUGGCGCUGUUCCGCCACUACUUCUACCCGAGGGUGGAGAAGAAGACAUCUCUGUCCUCGGGCGUGCUGUUCCACUUCCGCGACCGGCUCAAAUCAUAA